AUCAAUGGAGUCCGCGGGGUUGUGAGAGAUGCGCCAGGGGAAAGGCCAGCGUCCUACAUAAAGAGUGCAGGACAGGGAGCUGGGCAACACACCAGGCAGCACACCUUUUUGCGCAGAUUCAGCCGGUAGGAGAGUGGCGCCGAGAAAGAGAGGAGAGGGGAAAGGACAAAGAAGCAGAGGCAGUGAAUAACUAGAAAGAGAUGGAGCGCUCAUAUGAACACAAGACUCCUUGCUGGGUUUAUGUAGGCACUCUGCUCUUCUUCUUCCACUUCCACUCAGUCACUGUCAGCGGAGCUCCCCUGAAGCAAGAGGCAGCACUGGACAACGGUGCCACAGUGCUGAAUCACUCCAUGCAUUUGGUGCAUCGCAUGGAGAACUUGCUGACCUUGGGAAACAGUAGUGAUGUUAGCCUGCGGGUGCAAACCAUGAACACUGAUGAGGUGAAGGUGAUCCAAGCCCAUAGUCUGGUCCUUACCCUGCAGAGCGACGUGUUUGAGGAGCUGUUGCUCAGCCGGAACAACAGUGCGCUGGUGUUAAUUGAAACACCAGAGUGUGCAGCUGUCUUUGACAAGUUUGUCAGAUAUUUGUACUGCGGUGACAUCUCACUCCGGCUCGAUCAAGCCAUAUCCCUGCAUAAGUUGGCAAGCAAGUACCGUGUGUGGGGCUUGCAGCAAGGCCUGACCCAAUAUAUGACUCAACAUCUUUCCAGUGAUUCGCCCACAGGCCACGUGAUUAGCUGGUACAACUAUGCGCUACAAAUUGGGGACGCAACCCUGCGGGACAGCUGUCUGCAGUACCUGUCCUGGAAUCUGUCCUCUGUGCUGCAGAGUGGAGAAUGGGGCUCCAUCAGUGAAGACCUGCUCCUGUCCUUGCUCCAGCGCUCCGACCUCAUUCUGCAGAGUGAGCUGGAGCUCUAUGAGGCGCUGGAGUCCUGGAUCAACCAGAACCAGCCAGUCAGCUCAACAAUAGAGACUGCCCUGAGAGCUGUUCGGUACGGCAUGAUCCCUCCUCAACAUCUCUUCCGUCUUCAGAGGCAUUCACCCCUCAUGGUGAAGUAUUAUGAGGCCAUCCGUGAUCUCCUCUAUCUAGCUUUCCAGUUCCACUCUGCAUCACCGAUUCAACUAGCCAAGUACUUUGACGUCAACUGCAGUAUCUUCACUCCCCGUAACUACUUGUCCUCAUCUUGGGGUUCUCCUUGGAUCAUCAACAAUCCCACCCGUGACGACCGUAGUUUCAGCUUCCAGACCCAACUUGGGCCCAGCGGCCAUGACUCCAGCAAGAGAGUAACGUGGAAUGCCCUGUUCUCCCCUCGCUGGCUCCCACUCAGUGCCAGGUCUACCUACACUGAGCUGGGCGCCAUGCAGCCCACUCGCACAGAGGGAGGUCGACCUCGCAUCAUCGUAACGCCGGCCACCUCCAGCCCCGACUUUGCUGGAGUGAGUUUCCAGAAAACGGUCAUUGUGAUGGCCAAGCAACAAGGAAAAGUGAUUGUCCGCCAUGUGUACAACUUUCACCAAAGUACAGAGGAGGCUGGGGAUUUCUUAGUGGAUGCUGACCUGCAACGCCGUGCAUCAGAGUACCUAAUUGACAGCUCCCUCUAUCUGCACGUUGUGAUCAAACCUCUCUACCAUAGCUUGCUUGUUGCCAGGAAAUAAAAACAGGAAUUUUUUUUGUGAUCUCACCCAACCCUGAUCUGCCCACACAAUCACAUGCACAUGUUCCAAAGCACACUCAUAUCACAGUAUGUGUAUGUGUCAGCUCCAUAAAUUCACACUGUAACAUUGUUUCAUUCUUUUGUCUUCCAGUUGAAUAGCAAAAAGUUAAAAGUUAAGCUGCAAUACAAACUGUCAUUAUCACCGUUAUUAUUAAGAGCAACAUGGAACAUAGGUUGUUGUAUUUCUUGAGGUAUUUCAGUAAGUAAUAGUUUUUCCUUGAAUUAAUGAAUCUGUGUGAUGUUUGAAUAGGCCAUAUACGGUAUGUAUUUUGCUUUGAAAAAACAAAAUAACAUUCACUGUUACAUUUAUGGAUUUUUAUUUUCUUUGCUGUCAAAUAUAGAUUUGUAGUUCAUGGCAGAUAUAUUGUACAUUAAUUUAUGCUCCACUUUGAAUUUUAGAUAUCAAAAUGUUUUCUAGGGUUUUAAUGUGAUCUAGUUUGUCUUAAAAGACUGAAAAUGUAUGAUUGCUGAACAGACUUUUUUUUCCCUUUCACAUUACUUGUUGACUUAGUUACUUUGCAUUUUUAACAUGUGUUUUCUUUAGUUUUUUGAAAACCCAAGCAGUAUGUGAUAAUGAAAGAAAAAUAAAAAAGGUAUAUAGCCUCAUAAAGGACAAUAAAAUGUUAAAUUCUA